AUGGCUCCUGCAUCUUCAGUCAUUUCCGAGCUGCGGCAGAAAACAGCCAGCGAGCAAGCAACCGUCCUUGUUGUAGCCGUUCUCUUUGCUCUGUUUGUACGCAUCAUAACAAUUCUUGCAUUUGGAGAUUUGCGACGUCUACCCGGACCGUUUUUCUCGCGGCUGACGGGGCUGCCACUCAGCAUUGCUGCUUUCAAGGGCCGACGAGCGCAAUGGCUGUAUGAGCUGCAUAAAAAGUACGGCCCUGUGGUGCGAGUCGCCCCCGGCGAGGUUUCCGUGGCAGAUUCGACACACUACCGAACCAUCUACUCGAACCCAAAGGCCAGUCACAAGGACCCUAGCUUCUACGGUGCUGCCUCCUUCACGGGCCUGGACAACAUCUUCCAGAUGGUCAACCGGGAACAACACGCAGCGCGCAGGAAGCUCGUGGCGACGCCGUACUCCCUGCAGUCGAUGCACAAGCUGGAACAUAUCAUACGGAGCAAGUCCCGGCUUCUAGCAGACCGCUUUCUCUCGGACGCGGCUGCCUCGCGGCGCGGGACCGUGGAUGCGUACGAACUUUGUGCUCUGUUCAGCUUCGAGCUCGUCUGCGCAGCUGGAUUUGCCAAGGACUUUGCCAGCCGCAGCAGUGCGCUGUCCGUCCUCAGGGCCAUGGAAACAAGUGGUCCUAGAUUCAUUUUCAAUUCCAUCUUCCCGCCCCUGAAAGACGCCAGCUGGAGCACCAAGAUGCCAGGACGUAUAGGGGCGGCUUACAGGGCGCAUAACUACUGGCACGAGUGCAGCCGUCAGAUGGUGCGGGAAUAUCUGGACCGGAAGGACUCGGAGGAUAUUCAGGACUACCUUUUGGCCCCCUUCAGGGAUGGAGUCGAUGGCUGGCUGGGACGUCAACUCGGCGAGGCAGAGUUUGUCGAGGAGGCAAUGGGCAUCAUGCUGGCUGGAAGCGGUACCACGUCCUCAACCCUGACCUAUCUCCUCUAUGCCAUCUCCCAGCCUCAGAAUCAACACGUGCAGGACCGCCUCCGGGAAGAAGUGAUGACAUUAUCUGGUACAGAUCACCUGACUGAACUGCGCGGGGCAUCGUAUCUGAACGCCGUCAUCAAAGAGACCCUGCGACUCUAUCCGACCAUCAUCUCGACGCUGCCACGAGUACUCGACCAGCCCAUCUACAUCAAUGGCAUGGAGCUUCCCCCUGGAGUUGUUGUGGGAAUGCAGAACUACGUCCACCACAGGGACCCCGUCAUCUUCCCAGACCCGGAGGCCUUUAGGCCGGAAAGGUGGUUAGAGUCGUCAGAUCUCGAGGACAUGGAGGCCGCCUUGACCCCCUUCAGUCUAGGACGCCGAAAUUGCAUUGGGCAGAACCUGGCAUGGUGUGAGCUCUAUAUCGGGGUCAGCGAGAUUCUCCGGGUGGCUCGAUUGUCUUUGUCGAGCGAGAUGGGCGAGGGCGACAUGGAGAUGGACGACCGAUUUAACAUUGCACCAAGAGGGGUCGGUGUCCUCCUCGGGGUCUUCAUCAUCGCAAGCAUCGUGUUCCUGUACCGCUACCGCUACACGGUGCGCUUCCACAGCAAACGGCGGCGGCACCACCGGCAUCAUAGCUCAAAGGGCUCCAAGACUUCUUCCGAGGGCGCAGGUGCUCCUCCGCCGCCUCCGCCGCCUCCGGCUGCUGGUCCGCCGGCCUAG